GCCCUGUUUGCCACUGAUAAACCGCCUACUACGGCUGGGGGUGGCACAGUCUUCUUCGUUUCCCCGACGCGGCACCAAUACUUGCGCGAUAUCGAACUCAGAGAGGAAGGUGGUACUGGAGGCAUUGUGGAAUCUGUCCGCGCGGGUAUGGCCUUUCAGCUGAAGCAGGCGGUGUCAGUCCCUGUCAUUGAACGGUGCGAUGAGCGCAUCACCAACCGCGUCAUGGCUGCGUUCACGAGCCACCCGAAUAUCGUUGUACUCGGAAGUACGAAGGCGAAGAGAUUGCCCAUCUUUUCGCUUAUGAUCAAGCACAAUAGCCGCUAUCUCCACUACAACUUCGUUGGAGCUCUGCUGAACGAUUUGUUUGGUAUACAGUGCCGUGGUGGCUGUGUCUGUGCUGGCCCGUAUGCACAG